GAAAAAUUAUAGAUAUGAUAACAUGUACAUGAAAGAAGAUUGUCAAAUUAAAAAGUGUCAAUAAUUGAUAAUAGAAAUUUACAGAGGCAUGGAUUUUGAAAGUCCAGAUGUGGAGAAGGAGUUUCCGGGACUGUACGCUUCAGAAUCAGCACGAAAGAGUAAUGAAAGCGAUUUUAGUGAUGAGGGUGGACAUGAUCACAAGCAUUUGAAGAAAGAGCUUUUGGGUGGAAAAAAAAAAGAUAAAAAGGACAAGAAAGAUCGCGGCUAUGCCACACUGGAGGGAGAAAGUUCACCAGAUGAGGAUCAAGAAACAAAAAGCCCAUCGAAAUCAAAAAAAUCCAAAGCUUUCAAAUUUCCCUCGAAGAAACGAGAAAAAUCUCGGGAAAAGGAAAUAAAGGACAAGGAUAAAGAUGAAAAAGAUAAGGACAGGAAGAAACGUGACAAAGAUGAUAAAGAUAAGGAUAAAGACAAAUUGAAGCACAAAGUGAAAGAUCGUAAGAAAUGUAAACAUAGCGAUGAAGUUGCUGACAUUGGUGAGGCUCAACCAAUUUUUGGUGCGAGUCUGCACGCAGCUGUUGAACGAUCCAGAUGCCAUGACGGGGUUGAAUUACCUCUAGUUGUUCGUAACUGUAUUGAUUAUUUGGAAGAAUUUGGUAUGACAACGGAAGGCUUAUAUAAAAUUCCUGGGGUCAAAUCCAAAGUACAGAAUUUCAAAAAGCUUUAUAACCAACGAGAAACUGUAAAUGUACUGGAUUUUGAACCCGCUGUUGCGGCAAGUCUAUUAGUUCUUUUUUUAAAAGAGCUACCCGAACCAGUUUUGGAAAACAGUGGAAUAAUAUCAAGAUUUGAACAAGCUUCAUCAACGAAAGAAGUUGCACAGAGAGAAUCACAAUUGUCACAAUUAGUGAAACAGUUACCAGAGUGUAAUAGAGUCCUUCUGGCAUGGGUAACAUUGCACUUGGAUCACAUCACUGUCAGGGAAAAAACAACCAAAAUGAAUGCUCAAACAAUAGCCAUGACAUUGAGCCCAGUUCUGCAAAUGAGCCAUAGACUCCUUCUGGCUCUUCUCUGUCACUGUAAAGCACUAUUUCCAGAUGUUCAAUUGACAAAAUACAUUCCUCCACUGCCGUCGGGAAGUGCCAAUCUUCCUGAUGAACCAGAAUCUAUUGCUGUAGAACUGGUGAAGCAGGAAUCGUUACUAGCUCAAAUACAUAUGCAAAUGAAUGCUGGCUUUGUUACAAAGUCACGUGAAGAACAAUUAUGGGAAGUUCAGAGAAUCAUAACUCAAUUAAAGCGAAAGUAUAAAAUCGUUCAAAAAUUAGAGGGACAGAUUCAAAAGAGUCUAGAUGAAGAUACAAAAUCUAAUGAGGAAAAUCACGGCAAUGGCUUACAAAAAUAUACCGAUCAAACUCAUAAUUCAACAGAAGCCAUUUCUGUAACAAUGAGAAGUACUCAAAUAAAUGAUCCAAAAUUACACGAACAAUUCAAAGAAAAUUAUGAUUCUCCGAAUACUCCUGGAGAAGGUGGUGUUGAAAUACAAUUUCCAUCAAGUGAAGACAUCACCAAUCACCCUUGUACAAAAAUACUCAAAAUUGAAAAGCAAGAUGAGCACUUAUCCAACAAUGUUGAGGAAAUUCAACAAGCACCGAUAGAAGAACUAUCAAUGGAAAAAGUGCGCGAGAGUCUCAUCUAUGAAGAAUUAUUAAAUACAGAGGCAUUAUUGAGAACCCGAAUCAUGCAAGAAAAGAAGGAAAUUAAAAAAUUGAUGGACAUGCUGGCAGAAAAAGGCCCAGAGCAAAUGAUAUCCAAGGAAAGAGCGUAUUCUCCAAAUGAGGCAGAAAUUACCGCUAUGAUUCAAUUGUCAAAGGAAAAUCAGCUUUUAGAGAAAAAAAUGACCACACUCAUUCGGAGUAUUAUCGAAGAAAAAGAUGCCUGUGUUGAACUCAGAGUUCAAUUAGCUAUUCAUCAGCUAAUGGAAAACAAUACUCUCCAGAGUCUCAAGGACAAAAUAUAAAUUGAAUAAAUUCUAUUAUUCAUAAUGAAAUUGUUUCACAUCGUUGUACAUAAAGUUAUUGUAUGUAAAUUCUAACGAAUAAAAAUCAAAUAUUUGAAACGUAA